AAUAUCGAAUUUCCCAGUUCGCAAAGUGCGAUCGUAAACAUAAACAAAGUCGUCACAGUUGACAUCGUACAUCAUUGACGAUCGCCGCGGAUGAACGCGAAUAUUUAGUUGAAAACUGUCAUAUCGCAUUCCUAGCAUCAGGUAUCUUUUAUCCGAUAUCAUCAGUUCGCGUUUUCGAGUAUGUGUACUGAGGAAGGAACUACAGAUUUGCCGGCAUCAGCUGGUUCUUUCCUCCUCGGUCUCUGCGAUAUCGGACACGUGUUUUAUUUUUCGUGUGUAGAAAAUUGUGUACUUAACUCACAGUUGGCCCAGUGGAAAAUUUUAGUGUAAUUUUAUGAAUUGGAAAUCGUGAUUUUAUCUGGUUAAAACAAACAUCAAUAAUCCUAAUCACUAUUGCGCUGUCAUGGUGAAUUCGAUUAACCUUUUUUCAAGCACAUUCAGAGAAUGUGAAGAAAUAAGUCCGGAGAUGGAGGUGGAGGGCGAUAGGGGGUGCUCGGAGGAGGGCUACCUCCUGGUCAGGAUACACGUGCCGGAGCUGAAUAUUCAAAAGUGCCUCCAGUUUCCUAGGGACCAACUCGUCUGGGAUGUCAAACAGCAAUGCUUGGCGUCCCUUCCUAAGGAACUCAAGGAAAGCUUUAAUUACGGCCUGUUCAGUCCUCCGGAAAAUGGGAGAGCUGGGAAAUUCCUGGACGAGGAACGUCGACUCGGGGAUUAUCCAUUCAACGGACCAGUGGGUUAUCUUGAGUUGAAGUACAAGCGGAGGGUAUACAAAAUGUUAUCCGUCGAUGAGAAACAACUAAAAAGUCUUCACACAAGAACCAAUUUGAGGAGAUUUUUGGAAUAUGUACAGAAUGGUCAGGUCGAAAAGGUCACCAAGAUGUGCUCAAAGGGUCUCGAUCCAAAUUUUCACUGCCAGGAUUCGGGAGAAACCCCCCUCACGAUAGCCACGUCCAUAAAAAAGCCAGCCAAAGUCAUCAUAGCCCUCGUGAACGGCGGCGCACUAUUGGAUUAUCGGACCAAAGACGGCACUACUGCCAUGCACCGAUCUGUGGAGAACAGAAACCUGGAGGCUAUGAAGACGCUCCUAGAAUUGGGCGCAUCGCCCAACUACAAAGACUGCAAAGGGCUGACGCCCCUUUACCUCACUGUAACGCACAACGUGGAUCCCCAGUUCACGGAGUGUUUACUACAUGACCAUGCGUCCAUUGGUGCUCAGGAUUUGCAAGGCUGGCAAGAAGUACAUCAGGCAUGCAAGAACGGACAGCUCCAACACUUGGAGCAUCUUCUGUUCUACGGGGCAGACAUGAAUGCUCAAAACGCUUCGGGAAACACGCCACUACACGUCUGCGGUGUGAACAACCAAGAGUCCUGCGCUCGACAGCUGCUGUUCAGAGGGGCUGACAGGAACGCUUUGAACUUCGCUAAUCAGAACCCUUAUCAGGUGGCUGUUAUAGCUGGAAAUUUGGAACUGGCCGAGAUCAUAGAAAACUAUCGACAAGAAGAUGUUGUCCGGUUCCGAGGUCCACCCAGCUAUAACCCGAAGCGUAGGUCCGCUAUUGGAUGGCUCCAUCGAGCCCCAUCUCUGAGUACCCUAGCCUUGCCCCCAAGUCCCUGUCCUAGUGACCGAUCUUCCGUCCCCUUCAGCUCAGCUAGUUCCAGCCUGAGCGAUGGCAGCGCCCCCACAGGCGAAUUGGAUAACGCCAGUAUUGUCACAGUGCUUGCACUGGGUGUUGCAGAUAAGAGUCUUGGAGAUACCAGUGACAUCAUCAGCGACAGUUCUGGAGUGGGGACAGCAAAUUCUGAUACCAACUGUAGCAUCUCUAUGCCUGGUACUACUGUUGUUUGUAUAGAACCUUACAUUUCGAAGGAGGAAGGCCAUAUAUCUAUAAGGGAAGGUGAUAUAUUAGAAGUUACUGGUGCUACAGACUGUGGAUAUUUAGAGGGUAAUUUGAGAAGCGGUGGCAAUCGUAGUGGUCUCUUUCCCGCUCACUGUGUACAGGAAGUACGCUUAAGGCAUAACAUACAACCAGCAAUGAUUGUCACCGUAGAUUCUAGGCAGCAGAUGCAGCAUCAGCAGAGAUCGAGGAAUACCAGAGUGCUGGGAAGGAGGGAGAGUAAUUCCAAGCAGUUUGCGACAACGCCUAGACUGAAAAAAUAUACAGACAUACCAAACGCUAAGCCAAGGACCGUCGUCCUACACAAAGGUCGAAAAGGAUUCGGUUUCAUCCUGAGAGGAGCCAAGGCAACAUCCCCGCUCAUGGAACUAACACCUUCAGAGAAAUGUCCCGCUCUUCAAUACCUGGACGAUGUGGAUGUUGGUGGAGUGGCCGACAUGGCUGGACUGAAGAAAGGCGACUUCCUGUUGGAGAUCAACAACGAAGACGUUUCUUCAGCCUCCCACGAACACGUCGUGGACCUUAUCAGAAAGUCUGGCAACCUUGUACAAAUGACUGUGGUUUCCAUAGAGCCGGAAAACGUAGGUGGCAUCCCCAUGAGCAAAUCCACCUUUUUGUCCGGAGAAAACGUGGAUGUGCCAAUCAGCAGGCAGUAUGCAACGUUGCCACGCAAAGUUGGAGGAAAUCAGGGUAUAAUGAACAGGUCGCUACAAGCGCCUCUGCCUCCCAGGAGGGAUCCUAAAACAACCCUCAGUGUAGGGAGGGCACGGGCGAAGAGUAUGGUAGCAGGGUUAGUAGAAGAAGGAGAAAGAGAAGAGACUGAAGACUUGACAAAAUCAAGUUCGGUGGAGUCCAUUCAUCAGAUUGCAAACAUCUCGAAGUUUGGCCCACUGGUAGCGAAGACAGCAUCGAUCAGACCGAGACCCACUUCUGGUAGAGUCACUUCCAGCGAAUUGGAAGAACUGUUCGAGAAGCAAAAGACGGAAGAUGUUUACGGCAAGAACUCCCUUAUGAGCAGUUCCAGAUUUCAGGCUGGAGGAACAGUUACUAGUCAUCCGAAUUCUCCUGCUAAGACGAGAGUCUACGCUAGUGUUGCUGAAAUGAAAAGGAACAAGAGCAAGUCGAACAAGGUCCGAUUCACCAACUUCUUUUCGAAAGGCAACGGGGAGCUCAGAAGAGAUUUUCAUAGCACUCCUGACCUCACUCAGGAGUUGGCCAUGAUGUCUAUCAAAAACCAUCGUAGCCAGGAAGAUUUGGCUCUUCUCAAUAACAGGACCUUACCGCCAACACAUCCCCCACCACCUCCUCCUGCCUUGGUACAAAUGGUUAAAGUGGAUAACAGGAAUUCGAAAACAGAGUAUGACAAUUUGGCCCAUAAGAAUGCCCCCAGAGAAGGAAUUGUAUCAUCCUUCAAACCAUCCGCUAAUGCCAAACUCUAUGCCUCACCUGAAGACAUGAAACAGGUGGGAUAUAGAUCAAAAAGCCUUCCUUCUCAUUCAGCAAGACCUCAAGUAAGAAAAUCGCAAAGCAUGAGAUCUAAUGCAACUUUCAAGCCGACCAGUACAAGCUCACCGCCAAAUGAACCUCAGGUUAAGAAAAACAAUCCUUAUGCUCAACCCAUACAGACAACCAGAUCGAAUUCUUCCGCAAGUAUGAAAGAUAGACUGAGAAAAAUACCCACUAGCAAAUCAGCUUCAAAUGUGACGGUUAUAUCAUCUGGAGAAACACCAUCUAUACCAGAGCCAGAUUACAGCUGUAGCGAGUCUGAAGCUGAAACAGAUGAAGAAAACAAGAACAGCUCUAGUCUCGCCUCUAGGUUAACAGCAGUUCAAUUGCAGCCUGUAGAAAAUAGUGGAAAUAGUAAUGCAAGUGGAAGCAGUUCUGGUAGUAGCUCAGUUCCUCCUAGUUUCACCGUAGAUGAAAUACAAAAAGGCAGAUCCAUGUUGAAAUCUUCGAAGUCGUACCCAGAAGAUUUCUUGAGAAGAAAUGAGUCUGACAUGAGGGUAGAAGACGGUGACAAUAGUUCUUCAGGAGUCAGUUCCGACCAAGAAGCUCACAGUAAUACAAACUCAGAAUAUCCGGACAGAAUGACCAACGAAAUACCAAGUUCGAAAAAACACCUCUCAGGAUUAUUCACUAAGCAAUCUAGUCUACCCGUCAAAUUACAACCUCCAAUCACUAAAUCUACCGGAAAAGAAGAAUUUCGCCUUCCUCCGCCCCCUGAAUUCAUCGAGUCCGAGAACAAUGUUGAUGUUGCUAGUACUUUAGCUGUUAUAGCCCCCAUAGCGCCUCCCCCGCAGUUUAGCGAUGAUCGACAGGUGACCAGAGUAAGGAUAGUAGGAGCAGUUCCCAAGGAUGCACCUCCACCAAUGUCAAAAACCUCCAAAACAAACCUCAAACAUGGAAGACUGCAUAGUCAGUGAAGGCAGGAAUGAAAAAAAAAGGUUGUGAAAAGAACAGAACAUAUUUAGGUUUUAUCGAUCUGAACGCGUUGAUAUUCUAGGUAUUGUCAAUGCCGACAUCGUUGUUGUACGUGUUUUUUGUUUUUCUUUUUGUUUCAGUGGCCUUUAUAUAAAUUUAAUAUUGGAAUCGAAUGGAUUCCUGUAAAAAAAAAGGCCAACAAAACAUGCACAUCACAAAAGAGAAGCACUACAACCGUAAAUAAGUAUGUUGCACAGUAGAUACAAUCAUUAUAUCUACACUCGAAAAAACAAUUGCAAUGUAUUAGAAGAUAAGUAAAUCCCGAAUUAAGUGAUUUCUUUACUCAUACAUUCCUAUAUCGUCGAAAGAAAAACUGUAUCGAACACACAACCAAAACCCUAUUCAAAUUGGAACUCUCAAAACUGAGAGGUUUCUUGUUAGUGAUUUUUAUCUUGAAGUAGUAUUUUUAUGAAUGAGAGAAGAGCAAUUUCUACGAAAUUUACGUCACAAAUCCGUCAUUUUAAUCAUUGAUUCAAUCAUCCUGCCAUUAAUAUUUAUGCUUAUAUUUUUUCAAUAAUUAACGUUGUUAUACAUGAAUAGCUCAAUAUAGUGUUGUUUGGUAUCUUCAUAAACGAUGAUAUAUUGAAUUUACUCAAACAUCGUGUGAUAAUUGCUUCAUCAACACAUUUACCUUCCACAUAAUGGAAGAAUUGUCUAGAUUAGAUAUUUUUAUAUGUGAUAUCGUAAAAUUAUUUUCAAUUUGAUGAUGCUUAAAAUAUCAAUGUCUAUGGAGAUCUUACGACGUGAUUGUUUUAAAAUCCUUGUACCUUUUGAACAUUUUUUUGUGUUUAUUUUUCAUUCUUUUGGCUGAAACUCAAUGAUUGAGAUGAAUUCUUGAAGAUAUCAAGUAAUUCUAAAUGAACUGAAUUCAUUCCAAUGGAAACUCAAUUCAUUUUUAAUUUUACAUUUUUAUUGUGAAACAACUUUUCGCAUUUUAUUGAUAUGUUAAUUUAAUUAAUGCAUAAAAAAUAAUUAAAUUUAUAUAAAUAAUUGCCUGGCUUCAUUGAGAGAGAAAGAGAAUGUUCAAAAGGUACUCCCCUUUUUGUUCUAUAAUUUUUAGGAUCAAUUUGUAAAAUAUCCCUGGAAUAUUGCUUUCCAUUUUAUGUUAUUAUGAUGCAUGAUGUAAAUAAAUAAAAAUAACUCAAUGGGGCAACAGUUUUUGUAUGAGAAAAUUUGUACGAUUACUGUUCAAUGUUUUUGUUGAAACUAUAGAUACUGAAAUAGUUUCGGUGAAAAUCGAAUUUUUAUAGUCACAGGUAAUUAAGCUUGUAAUUUAUGUUCAUUUUAUAUUCCGUAUUUAUUAAAGGAUACAUAAUGUAGUCUAAAUAAUAUUUAUGCACAUUUGAUGUGCUAUUUCUAAUUAUUAUAAGCAAUUAUUCAUAUAACAUUGACCUAUUUAAAAAAUAUUUAUAACUUUGUACCUAUUUUCAGUUAGAUGUUUUCCUAACAAAGAUCUGUAUUCGAGAAAAUAAUGCUCAGUUGCACAAACAGGACUCGAAUAAUACUUAAAACUUACUCACAAAUAAGAACAUGAGAAAAAAUAAUUCGACUGAGAUCAUUGUCAUAAGUAUUACCUACAAAAUGUGGGUUUUUCCACCUGAAUUAUACCAUCUCAAACACUACAUAAUUGAAAUCAAGUAUGUAUGUAUUUCGUACUUUAUACAUAAUGUUCAUGCAGAAAUAAAUUGAAAAUUCCUAA